AUGCAGAAACAGGAAAAAGCUCCUGCUCUCCUGGUCCUUAUGACCUGUUUGUGUUUCCUGCCCUGUCCAGCACAGGCAGCCUGGUUUCAGGUUGGAGUGGUUGGACCGUGGGGAUGUGAUCCCCUCUUUGGCAAGGCCCUUCCCAGUGUGGCAGCACAGCUGGCUGUCAACCGCAUCAACCGGGACAUGGCGCUUUCCAAAGCUGCAACAUUUGACUAUGUUGUACUGCAGGAGCCAUGUGAAACAUCAAGAGCACUUGAAGCAUUCAUUGGUUUCCACACUAAGGCCUCAGGGUACAUCGGACCAGCAAACCCUGGCUACUGUGAUGCUGCUUCAAUGCUGAGCAAAGGCUGGAGCAAAGCAUUGUUUUCUUGGGGUUGCGUUGGCUAUGAGCUGGACGAUGUUCGGAACCACCCAACUUUUGCCCGCUCUGUGACAAGGCCCACCUUGGUGCUGAUCAGUAUCAUAAAGUACUUCAGGUGGGCCCACAUUGGCAUCAUCUCUUCCUCAGAUGACAUCUGGGUGGAGACAGCCACCAAGGUGGCUGAUUCCCUGAGGAGCCAUGGUCUGCCGAUCAGACUGGUCAAUAUUAUGGAAAACACACCUCACGGCAUAAGACGAACCCUGGUAAAGAUCCGCAAGAUGGGAGAAAUAAAAGUUGUGAUCCUCUGCAUGCAUUCAGCACUUAUUGGCGGCGUAGUCCAGAAACUGCUCUUGGAAACAGCAUUUGACAUGCAGAUGAUCGACGGCUCCUUGGUCUUCGUGCCCUACGACACCCUGCUCUACAGCUUGCCCUACCGCAACGUGUCCUACCAGGCCUUGAAGAGCAACAGCAAACUGCUGCGGGCCUAUGAUGCUGUGUUGACUAUCACCAUUGACUCGCCACAGGUGUCAUUUUAUGAUGCAUACAGCGAGGCCAUGGAGAGGCGGGAGAUUGCAAGGACACUGAUGCCCCAGCAGGUGUCUCCACUCUUCGGCACCAUCUACAACUCUAUCUUAGUCAUGGCUCAUGCAAUGCAUCAUGUCAGGAAGUCUGGAGAGUGGAUGUCUGGUGGAAACCUAGCAAGAACCUGGCACACCAGCAACCUGUCCUUCCAGGGAUUCAGCCACUCUGUCAAGUCCAACAGCAUCGGAGAAGUUCUGCUGGACUACCUCAUACUGGACACUGAUGGACUUUCCUGGGAUCUGAUACCAACAUAUAGGAUUGACAUGGAGUCUGGUAUGGUGCGUUUCCUUGGUCGAGAUAUUCACUUCCCACUUGGCUACAGACUCAGAAGGGACUCGUCGUGUUGGUUUACUCCUGGAGUCAUCUGCUCAGGAGGUGUAGAUUUGUUCUUGACAAUCAGCAUGUUCCUCGGAGCUAUGGCUUCUUCCGUUUUUGCUGCAGUAUGUGUUUACUGCAUCAGGCGACAUGUAAAUCGGAUUCGCAUGGUAAGGGGUCCAAACAAGAUCUUGCUGACUCUGGAUGAUGUUACGUUUAUAAGUCCAUCGCUUAGCAACAAGAAGCUGAGUCUGGUUGACAGCAAGAUUAGUGGCAUGAAGAGUGUGUCGGAGUGCAGCGUUGUGUCACCAGUCUCCACCAAAUCCCCAGCCACCUAUGAGAACUCCAAUGUUGUCAUUUACGAGGGUGACUGGGCGUGGCUGAAGAGACUACCUGAUGGGAAUUUCAGCCGCAUCAACCCCAAAACCAGUCUUGUGUUUGAACUGAUGAAGGACAUGCGCCAUGAGAACGUCAAUCCCUUCUUGGGCUUCUUUCACGACUGUGACGUGUUUGCCAUCGUAACUGAGUUCUGCUCGAGAGGCAGUUUGGAGGACCUUCUGCUAAAUGAAGAUGUCAAACUUGACUGGAUGUUCAAGAGUUCUCUGCUACUGGAUUUGAUAAAGGGCAUGAAAUACCUCCAUCACCGUGGAGUAUCCCACAGUCGCCUGAAGUCCCGUAACUGUGUGGUGGAUGGGCGUUUUGUCCUAAAGGUCACAGACUAUGGCUACAACGAGGUUCUGGAGGCUCAGAGGUUCCCUUACAUUGAACCACCAGUAGACGAAAUGCUGUGGACAGCUCCAGAGUUCCUGAGAGUCUUUGGGCAGCCAGGGCUUCAUGGAACUCCAACUGGUGAUGUGUACAGCUUUUCCAUUGUCAUGCAGGAAGUUGUGAUCAGAGGGCCUCCGUUUUGCAUGCUGGACCUGUCCGCCAAAGACAUAAUAGAGAAGCUACGUAAGCCUCCUCCGCUAUGUCGCCCAGUGGUGAGUCAAGACUACGCUCCAUUAGAAUGCAUCCAGCUGAUGAAACAGUGCUGGAGUGAACAGCCGGACAAGAGACCCAGCUUUGAGGAGAUCUUUGACCAGUUUAAGGACAUCAACAAAGGGAAGAAGACCAACAUCAUAGACUCGAUGCUGCGGAUGUUGGAGCAGUACUCGUCUAACCUGGAGGAGCUGAUCAGAGAGCGAACAGAGGAGCUGGAGAUCGAGAAACAGAAGACGGAGAAGCUGCUGACACAGAUGCUGCCUCCGUCCGUGGCCGAGGCCCUGAAGGUCGGAGGAACAGUCGAACCCGAGCAUUUUGAAAGUGUGUCUCUUUACUUCAGCGACAUCGUUGGCUUCACAACCAUCUCAGCCAACAGUGAACCCAUCGAGGUGGUCGACCUGCUCAACGACCUCUACACAGUGUUUGACGCCAUCAUAGGAAACCAUGAUGUCUACAAGGUGGAGACUAUCGGCGAUGCGUACAUGGUGGCGUCAGGCGUUCCUGUCCUCAAUGAGAACCGGCAUGCUGCAGAGAUAGCAAACAUGGCUCUGGACAUCCUGAGCGCGGUGGGAACUUUCAAAAUGAGACACAUGCCAGAUGUUCCUGUCAGGAUUCGAAUAGGACUACACACAGGUCCAUGUGUAGCCGGUGUGGUUGGUCUCACUAUGCCUCGUUACUGUCUGUUUGGAGACACGGUGACCACUGCUUCUCGAAUGGAGUCCAGCGGGUUACCCUACAGGAUCCACGUCCACGAGACUACAGUCAAGGUUUUGCAAGAUCUCAAUCUCGGCUACAGAUUUGAGUUGAGGGGCAAGACGGAAGUGCAGGGGAAAAAAGCAGAGGACACAUACUGGCUUGUUGGGAGGGCAGGAUUUACCAAACCGCUUCCUGUCCCUCCAGACGUCAAGUCUGGGCAAAUGGCCCACGGGCUGCAGAUGGCCGAGAUCGCCCAGUACAAGAAACGAAAAGCUGAGAAACUACAACAGGAAAAAGAUUCAAAGAAGAGAAACUGA